AUGCAGUCGGCUGCCAAGGACAACGCAGAGUACAAGGAGGCGUUCGCGCUCUUCGACAAGCGCGGCACUGGCCAGGUUCCGCGCGAGUCGCUCGGUGAGCUGCUGCGCUCUCUAGGCCAGAACCCCACCCAGGCCGAGGUUGCGCAGCUCGAGGGCGCCGUCGGUUCUACCUUCGACUUCAAUCAGUUCAUUGACAUCCUCAACCGCCCUGACGGCUGGAAGCCUGCUGGCACUGCUGAGGAGUUCAUCAAGGGCUUCCAGGUGUUCGACAAGGCUGGCAACGGCAUGAUUGGCGCCGGCGAGCUCCGCUACGUCCUCACCCAGCUCGGUGAGAAGAUGUCGGACGAGGAGGUUGACGAGCUCCUCAAGGGCUUCCCUGUCCAGGACGGCCAGAUCAACUACCACUCGUUCGUACGCUCCAUCCUUGCGCAAUAG